UGUCAAUUUUUCAAAAUAGUAGCAGCGUUUUACUCAUUAACUGUUACAAAUAAAAUAGUGUCAAUGGUAAAUAGUAAAGAUCUCCAUACAAUGGAAAAUUUUGUUAAUUCUGCUACGGGUAAUAUGGAGCAAAAUGGACAAGAACAGUCGUUGCAGAAGAAAGAAGUUUUAAAGUGCUGGAGUUGUAAGGAUAAAGUUGCCAAGUAUAAAUGUCCCAAAUGCUCAAUCAGAACGUGCAGUGUUGAAUGUGUGAAACAUCACAAGAAAUUAAACGAAUGCGACGGAAUUCGUUGCAAGACCGAGUAUGUUGCAAAAGAAAACUUCACAGAAACAAACUUGUUAAGUGAUUACAAGUUUUUGGAAGAAGUGAACAGGUGUGCAUGUACCAAUGAUAGGAAUGUCCUUCCUUACCCAAAGUCCAAGAAUAUGAAACAGAAAAUCAGCCGAGCUGCCGCCAUGCGUAUUAAGUUGAAACUUCUGCCUCAAGGUUUUACGAAACGAAAGCAGAACACAACUUACUACAACUAUGGGAGCAAGUCGUUCCUGUGGCGUGUAGAAUGGAUCUUCUACAACUCGGGUGUCACGGAGAUUGAUAAAAGUUUACCUGAUAGAACUCCUUUAAACAACGCCGUAAAGAAGUUUAUUUUGCCAGAAGCAUCCAUGGAUACAUUUAAUUCACAACUGAAUUUGUUUUCAAAAGAACGGGAAUUAUUUUUCUACUUGAAAAAAGAGGAAACUCCUGCGAAUGUUAAACAGUAUUUUAAGCUGGAUGGCAGCAGGGGACUAAGAGAGAACCUUCGCGGCAAAACGGUGAUCGAAUUCCCGCAGAUAAUAGUAGUACGACCCGAAGAGGCAGCGGUUUUUGACGGCGCUUUAUGCGCGCCUAGCAGUGACAUUAAGUGUGCGGACUCUGUUUCACAGCAAAACCCGCCCGCAAGAGUAGACUGAAGAUGCGUAUUUUUCUCCUUUGUUGUAUUUUAAUGCUUUUUAUUUUGUAACGUUUUUACAUACAGUACGGUGGGUAAGACCAAGAUGGGACACGUUUUCAUUCGCUUUUAUCGUCCCAUUUGUUAGUAAACAAAGAAUAUUAACACAAUUAUAUAACCGAAGCCCCGCGACUCUUAAAAGGGUUGUUAAUUGUUAAAACACAAUCAGAGAAUACGAGAAUACAAGUGCUAAUGUCACCGCAUCUUAUCCCACAGUGGUAUCCUUACUAUCGAAAAUGCUAUUCUUCACAGCAAGGCUAAGUUCGUGUUGUAUAAUUUCGUAACACUGCUCUCUAGUGGUCAGAUUCUACAAUUACUUUUAAUACAAGGUGGCGCUAAACAGUA